AUGGUUCAGUUUUCCGAGGAAACCAAGGAGCGCGUUUCCAAAGUGAUUGAUGUCUCCCGAGUUGCGAUCCAUUAUGGUUAUCUACCUCUCAUCAUCUACCUUGGUAAGUUCCAACAUAGUGGCUCAGUCUUUCAAACUGAGAGUACAUACGCUGAUCUCAUGGAAGGAUACACCUACAGUGAACCCAAACCAUCCCUCUUCAAGCUGUUCUCGCCCCUCGCUUAA